CCCUGGAUGGAAGGCCCAUCAAUUGGAUCUAAACCAUCCCCGGGAUAACAACCAACAAAAGCGACCACACUCUCUGAAAAGAAACAAUCAUCAUGGCCCACAAACUUCAAAAGUCCUCUUCCACGGCUACAAAACAAGUUCAGCAGAAAAACUCGUUUCAAAAGAAAGAAAGUUAUGGUUUGGAUGAAGCAGAGCUCGAUGUGGCUUACAUAUUGAGUUACUUUUCAAGUAAGCCGGUUGCGCCGAUCAGGACCCCACACCCCUCCUGUAUUGCCAAUCUUGGUUUUGAUUUGGCAAUAGAAGCGGCCAAGAGGAAGAAGGCUGCCCAGAGAAAACAAAUUUCUUUUCCUACCGCCUCUGCCGCUCCUGCCUCACCCGCCGCUCCCGUUGUUCCCACCGCUCCUGCCACUUCUACCACACCCACCAUUUCUGCCGCUCCCGCUGUACUUGCCGCUCUUGCCGCUUCUGCCGCUCCUGCCAAUUCUGCCACUCCCAGCAUUUCUGCUGCUCCCGCUAUUCUUGCCGCUCUUGCUGCUUCCGCCGCUCCCGCUGUUCCUACCGCUCCUGCCACUUCUGCCGCUCGCAGCAUUUCUGCCGCUCCCGCUGUCCUUGCCGCUCCCACCGUCUCUGCCGCUCCCGCCAUUCUUGCUGCUCUUGCCGCUUCCGCCACUCCCGCUAUUCAUACCGCUUCUGCCACAUCCGCCGCUUCCACCAUUUCUGCCACGCCCGCUGUCCUUGUCGCUCUUGCCGCUUCCGCUGCUCCUACCGCUCCCACCGCUUCCGGAGUCUUUUGUAAUCCAUUCACUUCGGAGGAGUUGUUGACUUGUGGCUCAUGCGGGAAAAGGUUGUCAGAAAAGAGCGCUUUAAUUCGUCACAAGCAGGUUCAUGACGAAGGCUCUAAGAAAUACGUCUGCGGAGUGUGCGGCAAAAGGCAAAGACAAAGAUCAAAUUGGAAGCAUCAUGUAAUGACUCAUAUCGGCGAAAACAUCCCACCAGAGAUAUACGCCACAUUAGACCAUGAGUACAGGGCACUUUUGGCUGGAGAUGAAAGCCAUGUGCCUCGAAAUAUAUACGAGAAGCGGAUGGAAGUUGCUCAAAAGAAGAGGAUAAAGUUCAAGAUUCCGUGAUUUCAUCAUAUUUCUGGUUUGACCUGAAAUCACCAACAGUAUUGACUGAAUUAUGCCUAUUAUGAUUGGAAAUACAUGCAAAAGAAUUAAAUGCAGAAAAAAUCCUAAUUCCAUUGAGUUAUAUCACAAUGCCCUCACUAAAUGCAC